AUGAAGCCUCCCGUUCCCUUAUCGACGGCGGUGAUAGCAAUAGCAAUAGCAACAUCAACACUAUCUCUCUUCUUCGUUCCCUCUUCCUCAUGGCAGAUCCUCACAAACCACAACUUCACUUCUCAGAUCCAACACCAUCCACACAUCCUCCUUCUCCUCACUCUCCCAUGGUCUGGUGAAUCUCGUUCCCUAAUGAACGAUAUCUCGCUCGCGAUCUCCAACAAGCCUCAAGAAUUUCCCGAUCUUAAACUAAUGUUUAUGCAUCUCAAUAAAGAGAAGGCGAUAAUGGAUUCAAUUGGUGUUAAUGUCGAUGGAAUGAUAACUGUUGUUUAUAUUCAUUAUUCUCUGGCUUAUAAGUAUACAGGAAGACUGUCGGCCAAGAGUAUUUUGUCUUCGUUUCAUCAUUAUGUUUCCGUUGCGCCUGAGGAGGUUCCGUUCAAAGUGCUUGAUAGUCCGAGGGACUUCGCCACAUUUGUUGAUUCGGCUGAUGCAACUAUGGUUCUUGUUGAUUUUUGUGGAUGGACGCCGAAAUUGAUAGCUAAGAGUAAGAAAUUCAAUGGAACACAAAAUGCUACUAUUGGGCUUCAUCUUGGAAUGGGUUUUAGUGGAGAGAAUGAUAGAGUACCGUUCUCAAGGGGGAAGACUAACCAGAAGGUUGCUGAGGAGGGCAUGUGCAAGGUUGAACACAACAUCAAUAAAGGGUUUUGUGAAGUUCCUUGGCUUGGGGAUUUUAUCUCAAUAAAUGAUGGCCGUUUGGGGAGUUUCAAGGAUCAGAAUAGUCAUAAUCUUCACCCCUGUUCAUAUGAAGAAUUUGAGCGUUUCCAUUCUUUCUAUGAGAAGUUCAUGAAUGCUGUGAAAGAAUUCUUUCUUCCUCCUGAACGACAUAGAUUUGGUCUGGUUUCAGAUAGGGCGAUGCUUUCAUCCUUAGGUGUUGGUGAUUCCGGUUCAUGGUUUGCAGUUCACUACCUAGCUGGAUGUUAUAGUUGUUCACAUAUUCUUAAAGAAGAGGAUGACUUGAACUAUGUUUUGCAGAGGAAUAAUUAUUUUGUCAAAGAGUUGGAAGGUAAUGGACACGACCAAGAAGCCACCAUACCAGCAAAUAAGCCAUCAGUACUUCUAUUUGUUGAUAGAUCAUCUGACUCCUCAGAAACUAGGGGAAAAAGUUUGGAAGCUCUUAAUGCUCUUAGAGUAUUGGCACAACACUAUCAUGUGAAUCAAAUGGAUAGGAAUAAUGAUAAUCACAAGAAAGUUCUAAUCCGAAAUUAUCGUGGACAAAAAAAGAUCACAUCUGAUCUUAGGUCAAAUUUGUUGAUGAAAGCUCAAAAGAUUAAACUAAACAAGAAGAUAUCUUCCAUUACAAUUAUUAAUGAGGGUAAGCAAGUUAGUGUGGAUAAUGUAGCUUCUGAUCUCCAAGUGAGUUCUUUGAAUGAGUUAUUGGGUUACAUUGUCCAGCAAAAGAAGAACGGGAAACUAAGCUCUCUAGCCAAGGAUUUAGGUUUCCAACUUUUAUCUGAUGAUAUUGACAUCAGUUCAGCCAAUACACAGCAACAAUUGCAUUCCGAAGUUCAAUCAAAUCAAAUUUCAGCAGAAACUUCUCAAGAUUAUACAAGUACUGUAAUGACAGAUGGGUAUCCAUAUAAAUCUGCUAUAGAGCUUAGGGAAAAUCCUAAAUUGGUCAUGCUAUCUUCUCAGCAUGACGAAGUCAAGAAAUCUUCUAUUAUCACUGGUGAAGAGAUAAAAGCCGUGCAAUCUGAAGAAUCCAUUGCAGAUCACAAACUUCCUAGUGCCAAAAUUGUUCAAUCAGAAAUAAAUAACCCCAGGGAUGGUUCUUCUGAAGGAAACAAGUAUGCAGAAGAACAGGAUAAUUUUCUUGGUUUUAAUGGUUCCUUUUUCUAUUCUGAUGGUAAUUAUCAAUUACUUGAAAGGCUCACUGGCACUUAUAGAAUUCCAUCUAUGGUCAUAGUUGACCCCUUUUGGCAGCAACAUUAUGUUUACCCUGAAGAGAAAAGUUUCGACUUAGCUUCACUGCAUGGGUUUCUUUCCGAGUAUCUUAAUGGAACUUUGCUUCCAUAUCAGCUGUCUGAAUAUGUUCUUCAAGGCCAAAGGGAGGCCAGGCAUCCUCCAUUUGUUAAUUCGGAUUUUCACGAGGUGGAUUCUAUACCUCGAAUCACCGCUCAUACUUUCUCUGAACUUGUUAUUGGUUUCAAUCUUUCUAACAAAGAGAACACUUCAAAUGCAUGGAACAAAGAUGUCUUGGUCUUGUUUAGCAAUAGUUGGUGUGCAUUCUGCCAGAGAAUGGAUUUGAUUGUUCGUGAAGUAUAUCGGACCAUCAAGGGCUAUGUUGAUACGUUAAAAAGGGGAUCUCAGAACAUCACUGAUCACGGUAAUCUGGACUGUUUGUGUGUCUGUCUGUCUCUACCACCCUAUAUUUUACCUGCUUAA